AUGGCGAUAAUUGUGAAAUGGCAUCAAGCGCCUCCAUCUUCUCCGAUCUUUUCAAGGAAGCUUUUUGUGGCAACUGUCGUUCUUAUCAUCUUCAUCGUUUACGUGUCCAACUUGGGAAAGAUGAUGAGCGUGACAGAUGACGAUGACAAAAAGUACAUACAGUACAUAACAGGAAUGGGAAAAACAGAAAAAUUCAGGUUUGUUGGUUUGAAGUGAUGCAACAAUAACCGGCGUGGCUGGGGUACAAAGGAAGGGGGGAGGGGAAAGGGCGGUUUUGGUGCAGAUAAUGAGGUAGGAUUCUCGCAGCUCGCUGCACGAACGUUUCUUUGGGGACAGCAGAGAAGUGAACGAGAGUUUCGAUAGCUUUAAUCUCAAGGAUGUAUAUAUAGAAACUCAAACAAGUGUCGAAUUUUUAAUCCUAAAACAACUAAUUGAUAGAAAAUGUUUUUGCUGGGGUUUUUAACUUAGAAAUGCCGCACAAACGCAAAAUGAACUCGAGGAGUAAUACCUCGACAAUUCAGAACAAGUCAAUUAAAAAUAAAAAAGUGUCAUUGGUUUCAAUUGAUUGUUUAUUAAGCUUACUUAAUACAGCAAAAAAAGAAACCCUUACGUCUGAAAGGAAAGAGAGACCAAUGAUAGUUUAUCUUUUAUAUUCUUUCCUUAAUUGAGGAUACUAAUUUCUUGUUGUUUUUUCUUUCAAUCGACAGUACCACGCCAAACACCUGUCAACCAAAAGAACACGUGCUUUUCUUGAAAACCCACAAGACAGGCAGCAGUACAAUCACAAACAUACUCAACAGAUAUGGAGACUUUCACAACUUGACUUUCGCUCUUCCCCAAGAUGGUUUCUUUAAUUUCUUCUGGCCUCUGUCGUUCGAAAGUACUUUUAUAGCGGAUCUUAAAGGUAAAAGACCGAAUAUUUUCUCCAAUCACGCGAGAUGGAACAGAAAAUCGAUGACUGAGCUGAUGAGACCGAAUGCAGUUUUUAUUACCAUCCUUCGAAAUCCUGUCUCGCAGUUUGAAUCAACGUUUUCUUACAUGGAAUUUGCUCAGUUGCUUAGAAUCAAAGAUUCAAAAAAUUCCUUAGCGACUUUUUUUGUCGAUCCUAUCAAUACCUUGGCAAAACUCUCAGAUCUUUCAGAAUCUGGAUCUGUCUUUCCAUAUCUAAACUUGCUGAAAAAUGGACAAUUUUUUGACUUGGGAUUGGAAAAAGAGCAAUAUUUUACCCAUAAAAAGAUAAAAGAGGCGUUAAAUGAAAUCGAUGGAAGUUUUCACCUCGUCCUCCUGAUGGAGUAUUUUGACGAGUCACUCAUUUUACUCGCCCGAGAGCUCUGUUGGGAUAUUCGAGAUGUUGUGUAUUUUAGGCUCAACCAACGGAAAUCCUCCGACGCUAAUACAAACCUUUCCGAAGAACUUGUGCAGAAGAUUCGGCAGUGGAACAGAGCUGAUGUAUUACUUUAUAAUUAUUUUAACAGAACGUUUUGGAACAAAAUUGAAAAGCUCGGGAAUAUGUUUUGGAUUGACGUUCAUCGCUUGAGAAAUUACAACAAGAUGUUGGAGGAAGAGUGUUUACUCCCUGGGGAACAUUUUGGAAAGGCGUACGCCAAGCAGUCGAAGUUUAUCCAGGGGUACGCUUUGAAGGAGAAUAUCACUCCUCAAUUGAGGCUUCUUUGUGGAAAAAUGAUAACCAAUGAGAUUGACUAUAUGGAAUAUUUAAGAAAAAAAGCCUUAAAUUAG